CUGACUUAAACCUCCCCUGGCACAACUUGAGCCAUUUCCUCUUUUCUUAUGGGGUGUUGGGUGAUUUGAGCACUAGCACUGGUGGUGAGCACCCAUCUCCUGAUCCUGGGUAACACUGGGGACUAGGGAGGGGCAGCAAUUAGUCCUGGGCUGGGAAGCUUGGCAGCAGCCCAGACAGGUUUGCAGAUGCAGUAAAACUGCUGGAAAAGCUCCAGAGCUGGUUGAAAGUCAUCUGCUUUGGAAUAUGUACUAAUAUAAUAUUAAUCUAAUAUAUAAUAUUAAUAUAUUAAUAUAUAUUCCCGCAACUGGAGAAAGUAAUUGCUUGAAAAUGUCUGCAAUGGAAGCACACUUUUUGGGGAGGAAAUGUGCUAAUAAAUAUUCAUAUUUUAUAGAUUGUCCAUAAAUGUUAAUGUGAAUAAUGGAGCACGUGAUGCUUUUAUUAGAAGGCUUCUGGGUGUACAGUAGGCUGGCGGUGCUGAGACCCUGUUUGAAGCAGAGGAUGAUGCACAACCUCACUGCUGAGCUUGGAAUUCAACCCUGGAGUAAAAAACUCAGGGAGUAAAAAGCAAGCUCAGAAGCUGGAGAUCUUUGUGCAAGCACCAGAGUUUGCAAGGAGAACUGAAAGCAGAAAAGAUUGAAAAUAAUAAUGGAUUUAACCACACUGCGACAAUGCAGGUUCACUUCUGCUUUGCCCCAUUUCUGCAAGAGAUGCCUGCAAGGGUGACAGAAGGCAGAAGGAAUAUGCCGUGGGCCAUGCUGAUUGUGUCAAGUGUCCGUCUGUCCUGGUGGCCGCCUCCAGCCUGCUCAGUCUCCUUGGUUUUUUAGAUCAUGCAAAACCACAUUUUAGAGGCAUUCAUGGGGGUUACCUCCACUGGGUUUGUUGCAUGUGGGAUUUUAGGCUGUCUUUGUAAGUGGGGAGGUGUUUGUGUUUACAUUUGUACUUUCUGCGUGCCACAGGCCAUCAGGAUCAUUCGUACUGUCCUGGAGAAGUACGGGACCUACGAGAGCUUCGAGGUUGCCACGGGCGGGAGGCUGCUGAGCAAGUGCCAGAUCUGGUCCGUGAUCCGAAAGUACAUGCAGAAGGAAGGCUGUGUGGGAGAGGUGGUGGUGCAGCUCACCGAUGACCUGCUGUCCCAAGCAGUGAUGAUGGUGGAGGACAGCCGGCCCACGCUGGCCAUCAACCUGGCCGGAGCCCGGCAGCACUGGCUGGAGGGGAUGCUGCGCCACGAGAUAGGCACCCACUACAUCCGGGGGGUCAACAACACCCGCCAGCCCUGGCACAGCUCCGAGGGCCGCAAGCAGUACAGCCUGAAGCCCGCCAACCCCACGGAGGAAGGCUUGGCCAGCCUGCACAGCGUCCUGUUCCGCAAGCAGCCCUUCCUGUGGCGGGCAGCCCUGCUCUACUACACCAUCGAGCGGGCCAGCCGCCUCUCCUUCUCUGCCCUCUUCCAGGACCUGGAGCAGUAUGUGCAGGAUGCCGGUGUCCGGUGGGAGUACUGUGUGCGGGCAAAGAGGGGCCAGACGGACACCUCACAGCCAGGCUGUUUCAGUAAGGACCAGGUGUACCUGGACGGGAUUCUCCGCAUCCUGCGCCAUCGGCAGACCAUCGACUUCCCACUGCUGGCUGCACUUGGAAAGGUCUCCUAUGAAGAUGUGAACCGGCUGAAGAAGUUUGGGGUCCUGGAGAAGGCCCGCAUUCCCCAUUUCAUGCAGGAUCUGGAGCGGUACAUGAAGCAGCUGGAUCACAUUGUCACCACCAAUGGCCUGAACGAGGAGGAGCUGGAGCAGCUGCUGCCUGACUGAGGGGCACCCCCUGAACCAGCACCCCAAGGGUGUAACUGGUGCUGUUUAUUGGGUAUUCAUUGGGGCUGGAGCAGAGGGCAGAGCCCGAGGCGGGCGCUGUGCAUGUACUGCUGUGUAGGGUAGCGCGGCCAAGGGCCCGUGUGGUUGUGUUGAUGUGUCCCCUGCAUCGUCCCUGUGUAUUUUGGGGAUGGCUGUGCCACUCCACGUGGCUUUGGGGAGCCAGAGGGUUCAGGGGGAGCGAGGGCAGAGUUGGGGCGAUGUGCUGGUCCCUGAGUGCAGAAGGCUGUGCUGGGGGAGUUGCAAUGGGGGGAUUUCUGUAGGGUACCAGGAGUGCUCCCAGCACUUUGGGGGCACUUACUUGGGGCCAGCAGACAGGGCUGGGUGCUCUGGGCUGUGCCUGGCAGGGAAUAAGGGCUGGAGUACACCCACAGAUUGCCCCAUGGAUGCCUUUUCCACUCCCUACCCCUCCCCUCAUGUCCCCCACCAGCAGCAGGAAGGACUUUAAUCCCCCAUUACCAAUCUCUGCCCAGCUCUGCACCCCAACUACAGCCACCCUGCUUGGCUUUGAGGACUCAGGCUGGGGAUUGGGCUUGAUGUUAGGAAAAAGCGUGUAAUAAAGGUGAUGUAAUGGAAUCUA